AUGGCUGAAGUCUCCAAAAUGACAUUGAAGAUUCUCUAUACAUUGGAUAACGGAUCCAAUGGUAGUUAUCUAGCCCGUUCUAAAACUCCGACACAGGUGAGAGUAGCUAAUAUUCCUAACCCAUUCCUAACGGCCUCGAAUGAACAUGCACAGUUAAGAAUUGGCGCAAUCCAUUUGAAAACUAUAUUACAUGAAAUAUAUUUGAAUUCUCCUGAAGUGUUAGAUCAUGAUACUCUUAAAGAUGGCCAUGAUUACAACCUGUAUUAUCGUGAUAUCUGCGAAGUGGACGAACCAUUAGUAAGUCUUGGCCUUCUUUCAAGGCUUCGAGAAAAGUUUCAUAAGAUCCACAACGGUACAUAUUGGCUCACAGAAAACAGCAUUAGUGAAGAGGAAAACGAAGGGACUGAUGAAGUAACUGAAGAAGAGGAUGAGGAUGAAUCUUUCAUAGUGACGGGAAGGGUUUGCUCGAAUUUUUCUGCUUUGCUGAGGAGAUCGUAUAGUAACGCCUCGAGUAAAGAUGGAAGGAUCGCGAAUAACAACGUCGCAGAAGAGACUUUAGAGGUUAAGCUAAGAUUCUCUAAAGUUGUGAAUAGCACAAGGACCUCUAUUAGUGGCGUUGCCAAUUCUACGAUAUCAAGCAUUCAAAUACAAUCGCCUUCUCUGCCAUCGUCAGCAUUUCCGCUCACUUCAAGAAUGCAACCCCUUUCUAAAGGCAGUCAAAUGAAAAACUCAAGGAAUACAAGGACCACGGUAACAAUAAAUAGCACCAGUAAUGCAACUUCGGGGCACAGACAGACAAAUCCUAUGCCUGCUCCAAAGGCUGUCAGAACACAGUCUCUACCUAUCUGGAACCUUAAACCAAAUUCAACCAACACUGGGUUCCCUAGAAACUCAAUCGCACAUAAAAUAUAUUUAGCAGAUAGAAAAACAGAAGCUCAGCAACAAAACAAUCAACACCAAAAUUUAGCCUAUGAAAUAAACACUUUGCAAAAUGAUAACACUGUCCAGAGGACUAAGAUUGAUGAUUCGGUAAGCAAGAGGUUCGACUUCAUGCUUAACAAGAAGAAACCCAUGAAAAAAAUAUCUCCUACAACAGCAACGAUAACAAGAAAAAUGCCUUCUGUAAUUGUGAACCUUAAGCAAUCAACAAAGAAUAGCAAUGAGAAAAAGGCAAUUGGCAAGCAAGCAAUUUCCAAAGUUAAGAACUCUGAUUCCAAAACGCCCAUCAAGUUCAUGCUGGCGGAGCAAAGACGAUCGUCUAUUGUAGAACCACUAAGUGAUAACGUCGAUUCAAUCUUAAGCGACAUGCUAUCAGAAUCAAUUAAUCAAGGACAGAAACCACAACAGAAGCAAAAGCAGCAAAAAACUUCUGCGAUGAAGGAAAAUGAUAAAGAAAAUAUUCCCCCUCAAAAUAUAGCCGAUAGAGAUAACAAGCUUUAUGAUGAGUUAGAUUUCAACACUGACUUCCCCAUGAAUGACUUUUCGGACAUAGUAUUCAAAGAUGAGAUGGGAUGGAUGCCUAACUUCAAUUUAUUUGAAUCGCCAACUUCAGUAGCUGGCUUACGUCUUAAUCAACAAAACUUUAAACCCUCUUCUACAACACCCAGGGAUCCGAACACUUGCAAUACGGUUACUUUCGAAAAUGAAGAUGUUAGUGAAGUUGAGAUUGUGCAGAACAGCAAGAUUUCAUUAACUAGUGAUGUUGACAAAACCUCUCCAAUCGAUUCAUUGUCUAUACCGUUGAUUGAACUUAAUCAUUCAAGUUCAGCAACUAAUACACAACAUGUAUCAAUAAAGGAAGGUUCGGCGCUAAAUAUAGGUGAUAGCAACAAUAACACCCCCAGUGAUAAUGACACGAAGGACAGGACAACAUCAAUAAUACACUCAGACAAUUCAAGAUUCCAACCAGCGCUUAUGAAUUUUUCAACUCCGGCUGAUCAGCCAGCUUCUGACAAUAAUGUUGCAAACUCGAAGAAGCUCAUUACUUUGCUAGAAGUAAAGCAAAGUAAAAGAUCACAGGGUGAGGCCCUGGACGAAGAGGAGGAAGAAGACCUUAAAAAGCAAAAGACGAUACCUUCUUCACCUUGUGGAAUGUUCAAUUAUCAUCAAACUGAAGGCAUAGAGUUAUGUGAAGGUAUGGUCGACGAGGGACGAAACCAAGGCGUUGGUAAUGAAGAUGAAAGCGAUAAGACCAACGACUUGUUUUCAACUUUCGUAAACCCUGGAAGAGCGGGAAGCCAGGCUGUAACGAGCCCCAUCAGCGAGUAUCAGUCUAUGAAGCAUUGA